AUGUCGGGCAGAGGAGGAAAUGCGAACCCAGUUAAGGUGGUGAUCAUAGAAACGCAGUACGUGGAAACCGACGUGGCCAGCUUCAAAUCCGUUGUCCAGAAGCUGACCGGCAAGGAUUCCACGGUUGCCGUUUCGCCGAACUCGUCGGGCAACCUCUUCCAGUCCUCUUUCGAAGGAAGCAGACAAAGAGCCAUGCCAGAGAUGAGCCGCUCUGAGCCAGUUCUGCGAACAAACGCAUCGUUGUGCAGGGACGAAUCGUUCAACAGAUUGAUGAAGGAGAUGCCUCCUGCGGAUGAGCUGCACCACCUAUGGCUGUGGGCUCAAUCCUAG